UUUUCUUUUAUCUCCUCGAAAGGAAAAAGCAAAAAACCGUCAAACGAACUUUCCCGUUUCGGGUUUUUAAUCAACACAAAGCGGAGAAACAGAAGAGGAAAAAAGAUUCAAAAAGCUUCGAAUUAGUCCAAAAAUGGAAAAAGAGUCAGAAAAUCGAGACAAAGAUUGGGACUAUCAUCUAAGAUCUUUAUCUCAAAAUGCCAGAGAUUCUACUUUGGCUAAUGAUCCUGCUUCCGAUCCAUCUGUCCUUCACACCGUUAAGAAGCUUCAUGAGAUAUGUAAAUCUGAGGUAUCAGAGGAUUUGAUUGCAAGGGUUUAUCCCCAAAUGAAUAAACUCUUUCAACGUGCAGUAGCUGCUUCUCUCUCUCAAACUCGUACAUCUAAUGGUCUUCUCUUACUGGCAAUUCUUCAGUUUUUUCUUGAUUUUCGAGAGUCUGUUCUACAUGAUGCUGAUGCCAGUCUAAGGACAUUUUUUCGUUCAUGCUUAAGCCGUGAGUUCGCAGAUCCAGUUGUUGCUGAAGCAACCAUCGAUUUUCUGAAUCAAAACCGAACAAAGCUUCUAAGUACUUUUCAGUCGUUGCUUCCACAGUUCUUCCCUUUACUGUUAAAGCUGAUUGCCUGGAAUGGACUAAAGCUUGAGAAAUCAUUUUUGAAGAUAUUUCCUGGGGUUAUUUCUCCUGGUUCAUUUCUACCACUGUUUCCAUCACUUGUGGACUUGCCAAUUCUAGUUGUGGCAUUGGAGAAGGUGGAACGAAGCUCUGGUUCACUGAUUGGGAGUAGCAUAGCUUCUAUCCAGAAGAGUACAGCCCCUGAGAUGCUACUGGCACUUAUGGAUGAGGCCUAUACUGGUUCCACUAUAAAUGAUAGAGGAGGUGAUUCGGGAACCGAGGAUGGAAAUAAUAUUGAUGUUGCUGAUUCCAUAUUUCUGGACCUUCUCAAGGAUGAGAAUGAUGGACUCGUGGAACGACAAUGGACUUCUCCUGGCACAGCUGCUGCUUUACAAGUUGCCACCAAUACCCCUCAGUCUGACAGAUUAAGGCAAGCACUCCAGCUGACACCACGAAUACUUGAUAUAUAUUUUCGCAUAGCAUUGCGUGAUGUCAAUAAAUCUUUAACUUGUGCAUUAGUUCCUCUGCUUAUGACGAGAAAUUCCACAAUAUUUCCAGACAAGGUCUUCGCUUAUGAGGUUCGAAGGAGGCUUCUAAAAUUCAUGCUAGCAGCGUUUCAACGAUCUCCGGAAUUUAUUGCAUUGUUGAAGAAGCCUAUCAUUGACAGACUUGGGGAAGCUUAUGAAAACCCUGCGAAGAUGGAAUUGGCUUUGCAAUUAUGUUGGGCAAUUGGAGAGCACGGAGGCGGAGGUAGGUCUCACAAAGAUGCAGCUCGUGAGCUUUUUGAAAGCUUGGAAUUGCUGUUGUACGAGAACCUUUCAUCUAGUCGAUUGGGUCUAAAUCAGGACUCCACUCUUGGUUCCACCAAUUCCACAUUUAGAAAAUCAUCACAGGCCAGACUUCUUUGUUUCGUGGUGACAGCUAUUGCAAAGCUUGCCACAAAUCAUCGUGAGUUACUGCCAAGGGCACACGUAUCUUUGGGCAAGGUAGCUCGAUCUCGUAAUGCAGACAUGAGGGUUUGGAGGAGGGCAAAUGAUUAUUUAGGAUUAAUGAAAGAGCCAGCAAUUUGUAAGUCUAUUUUGGGACCUCCUAGUGGGCAAGAGCGGAGCCCAGGCACAGUUAACUGGAGUGAAGGUGGCUCAAAGAUGAUUGCUCACAUUCCAUUUUACAUUCUAAGUGAACAAGAAGGUCCCCCGUUUCAUGAUUUCUCAUUUUCAGACAUCUUACCAAGCAAAGAAAGUGAACCUAUUUCUUGAAGAAGUGUGUAAAUACGCCGUGAGUCUAUUUCAAAGGGAACCAGCUCUCAUGUAACUCAACUCUUUUAUUGUUUCACCAAUAGUCCUUAGUUGUGCUUGUAAGUUGUAUGCCCUAAAUAUUUUGAUCAAUAAAUUGUUUUGAGUAAUGAAUUAAUCCCUUUAUAUUUUCUGAAA